CCGUGCUUUGAACCGCCUCUGUCCCUGCUGCUUGUCUCUAUCUCUCCACCCAUCCUUCCUGCCAUCCAUCCAUCCUGGGAGCGCACAGCGGGAGGAUUCAGUAAUCUCCAUCAGCACCACCACCUCCAGUAGCACCACCAGCAGCACCACCAGCACCAGCAGCAGCACCAGCAGCAUGGCCCCAAAGAAGGUGGAACCACCCAAGAAGCCGGCUGAUCCCAAAAAGCCGGAGCCCAAGAAGGACGCUCCCGCCGCGGCCAAACCGGCGGCCGCGCCCGCCCCCGCCCCGGAGCCCGAGAAGCCCAAGGAGCCGGACUUCGACCCCAAGAACAUCACGCUGAGCUUCACCGCCGACCAGAUCGAGGAGUUCAAGGAGGCCUUCCAGCUGUUCGACCGCACGCCCGGCGGCGAGAUGAAGAUCACGUUCGCGCAGUGCGGAGACGUGAUGCGCGCGCUCGGCCAGAACCCCACCAACGCCGACGUGCUCAAGGUCCUGGGCAAGCCGCGGCCCGAGGAGAUGAGCAGCAAGCUGGUGGACUUCGAGACCUUCCUGCCCAUGCUGCAGCACAUCUCGCGCUCCAAGGACCAGGGCAACUUCGAGGACUUCGUGGAGGGGCUGCGCGUCUUCGACAAGGAGGGCAACGGCACCAUCAUGGGCGCCGAGCUGCGCCACGUGCUGGCCACCCUCGGCGAGCGGAUGACCGAGGACGAGGUGGACCGGCUGAUGAGCGGCCAGGAGGACGCCAACGGCUGCAUCAACUACGCCUCGUUCGUCAAGCACAUCCUCUCAGGGUGAGCUCACGCCAGACUCUGCGCACAAAAACAAGACAAACCCGGAAAAAAAAGGACAAAACUGAAUUGUGGGGUUUGAAUGAAUCUGAUCUCAGUUUAUACAGUAACUGGGCACAGCAAUAUUGGCACUUUUUUCUUUUUUCUUUUUUGUUUUGGUGAAAUGGGUGAGCGUGCCCUCAGUGUACAUGUGGUGUUGCACACAUUGUAAUAAAUAAGAUCAUCAGCUGUGAAA